UCCGGCCCGGCAUGCACCGCGGCACAUACCCGGAAGUGUUCAUGUGUUGACAACGAGAACCUGCAUGUGUCUAGCCGUCAAUCUUUGGGCUUGUUAAAAGGAAGGAUUCUUCUUGAGCAGAAACUCGUCUGUCGGAAAGAUGACAGCCCAGGAGGUUCGUCUGUGCAGUCUCCUUCUGCGAGAGCACUUUGGAGAGGUGGUGGAAAAAGUGGGAACACACCUGCUGAGAGGUGGAGCACAGAAUUUAAGAACCAUCAUUCAUGAGACUGGCAUCUCACUGGACCUGGUGAAGAAGUCCCUGUGUGUGCUUGUGCAGCACGGUAUCUGUGUGUUCAGCGCAGGCCGUAAAGGACCUGGGAGUCCCUCAGAGUACCGGACCGGCUGUGAUGACAUUCUGAGAAUUCUGCGAUAUCCACGCUAUAUCUACACUGCCAAAACCCUGUAUGGUGACACUGGAGAGCUGAUCAUAGAGGAGCUACUCCAGCGGGGUGAGAUGACCAUGAGUAGCACGGUGAAGACAGUGGCCGACCGACUCACACAGAACAUGGAGGAGGGCCGCAGCAUGGACUACAAUGAAGUCUCGACUGCUUUCUCCAAACUGGUGGAGACACAUUUCCUUCAGCGCUGCCCUCCAACAACAGGAGCAGUAGCAAAAGAAAGUGCUACUCCAGCUACCCCUGGUGCACCUGCUACCCCUGCUAACACAGCUCCACCCACGGCAGAGAGCUUCCCUGACUGUUACAAGGUACCCCAUGUGACACUCAUAGGGCGAGGAAAACGCCAACUCUCCAGCGAGGAUGGAGAAGACCAAAGAAACGCAAAGAAGGCUAAAAUGGAUAUAGAGACACAUGGUGAUGAGGGGAUUUACUGGCAGGUGAAUUUUGAGAGGUUCCAUCUCCACUUCAGAGACCAGGCCAUCAUCAGUGCUGUAGCCAACAAACUGGACCAGACGAGCAGUGAGAUAGUGAGGACGAUGCUGAGGAUGAGCGAGGUGACGACAUCGCCCUCAGCCACGUGCACAAAGCCCCUCUCAGCCAACGAGAUCUUCAGGUCCCUCCCCAAUAGCUACAACAUCGCCAGACCCAUCCUAGACCAGUACCUCACGCUCCUGGUUGAUGACCCGAUGGAGUUUGUGGGAAAGGCUGGUGAAAGUGGAGGGGGCAUGUACGUUGUCAAUCUGCACAGAGCACUGGCUAAUCUUGCUCGGGCCACACUUGAGUCUGUAGUGCAGGAGAGAUUUGGUUCCCGAUCUGCGCGCAUCUUCCGUUUGUUGCUAAGGAAACGUCACCUGGAGCAGAAGCAGGUGGAGGAUUUCGCAAUGAUUCCUGCUAAAGAGGCGAAAGACAUGCUCUACACGCUGCUUUCACAGAACCUGGUGCAGCUGCAGGAAAUCCCAAAGACUCCUGACUACGCCCCCUCCCGUACCUUCUAUCUUUACACUGUCAACCAACUACCAACUGCUAGAAUGCUGCUUCAGAACUGCUAUAAGACGGUAGCCAACCUCAUGGAGCGACGCCUCUUUGAGACCAAAGACAGCAAACGUCUGCUGGAGAAGUCUCAGAGAAUCGAGGCCAUUCUGGCGUCUCUGCAGGCCAGUGGGGCUGAGCCUGAACAGCUGACAGAGGUGGAGGAGAUGAUCACAGCUCCUGAGAAGCAACAGCUGGAGACUCUACGGCUACAUAUAAACAAGUUAGAUUCAGCGGAGAACCAGGUAGAUGAAACCAUCUUUCUUCUAGAGUCCUAUGUCAACUCUACCGCCACAAGCUGAGUCAGAUAUGCCUCUAUUUUUUGUAUAGAUGCUGUUAAAUAUGGAUGUUUUAUAGUUUAUAUGAAUGACUUGUUUCUGUUUGAAGUGGAAUAAAAUCUUGUUUUUUCUGCAUGACACAGCAAAUAAACACAAGUGAGCGCAGGAA